CUUCGAACAACGACCAGACAUAGCAAGUCGUCCGUAUAGAUAGGUCAAUCAUAAUAGAUUACAUAGGACUGACAGUGUGAUCGAUCAUGCCCAAAGCUACGAAGAAGCAGAAGGAAAAGGUCGCCGACUUUAGCAAAGCAAAGCUCAAGUUGGGAAAGGGCAAACAGGUCGCUAACAAUGCUACGGAUACGUCUUACAAGGCGAGGUCUAUCGCACUCCCGACCCAAAAUCCACUACUCCGUUCACUAAGGGACCAAGAUCCAUCGUCCUCAACUGAAGAUGCUAAACCCAUCUCCCACCGCGGUCUGACUUUACACGAAGUCCUCGUCCUCCUCCGACAUACCAACAAGGGAGCCAGGAAGGAAGCUUUGGACGAGCUGAAAGAGGUUCUUGUGGAUGGGAUGCAAAAGGGGAUAGCUAUUGGGAGGAGGGAAGGGGAGGUCGGGAUGGUUGUCAGGGGGAUAUUAGCUCUGAUCACGGAUGAGGAACGGACGGUCAGAAAGGCCUUGUUAGGUUUCGUCAACUGGUACCUCCCAGUCCUGCCCUCGGACGUCAUCGACCCUCAUCUCCCCAUCCUCCUCUUGCAAACAUCUUCAGCCCUCUCACACAUCUUUCCCGAAGUCCGAAUAGACGCUUGUCACCUCGUCUCCCUCUUGCUCGAUAUCGCGCCCGCGUCUGUGGUCUCUACCUGGCCUUAUCCGAAAAAGUCCGCCGUAGAAACGAUUUCUGGGCCGGGGGAGGAGAAUACGAUCUUGUCGGGUUUGAGGUUGGCAGCAGGUCUAGGUGGACAAGCAGGAGAAGGAGGAGCGAUGGGUCAGACCCUGCUACCGGCGAGCAAGUUGGUGGUCUUGAAGACGAUCUUGGCGUUCGUCCGGGCGGGUCUGAAGAAACAGGGGUUGGUCGUCCUCGGCACACCGGCGGGUCAUAAUACGGGAGUCAAUGCGAUGGCGGCAAAGGAUAUUCCUUUUCCGCAAGAAAUCUUUGAGCGAUUCGAUGUGGCUCACAGACGGACGAGACAUCCGCUCGGUGGACAAGAAGAGGUGGCGAAGGAGGUCAGGUUGGACGAGAUCAUACCCGUGGAGCAGCUAGGAGAGGCGGACGGGUGGUUGUUCGGUACUGGGUCGGGUCUGGAAACAACGGGGUAUGAGGUUGGGCAGAGGGUUAGGGAGGAUGCUCAGGACGAGUACGAGUUAGGGGAGGUGCUUUCGACGCUCUACCUGAACCUUCAGCCCUUGCUACUUUCCUCGCUACUGGAAUCCGCACCUGCGGCAUUCAGCCUGUCUACAGGAUCAAGUGUCGACGUGCACGUCUCCCUCUGCAGCACUAUUGUUGACCUCGUCGUAGCGCUCGCCGGGGUAGUUCUCAAAGAUUUCCCCAAGACGAAAAGCUCGGGCGAGGUGAGAAAGGCCGUGACGAUCGUGGUCAACAAGAUCGGGGCGUAUUUCCCGUUCGGGAACCUGAACGAGAUUAGGGGACAAAAGGGCAACGCUCAGUUGGUCGAAACACAGCAAGCGAUCUCGGUGGCGUACUCGACGCUGGUGGUAGAAUUACAACCAACACCGGGGCGUCUACCUCCUCGACCCAAGACUUCGACGGCCAAACAGGUAGCCGCGAUGAUGGAGUCAGGCUUCCAGGAGACCUUGACCGGGAGGACCAACAGGGAACGAGCUGCUUUGGCCGGUGUUGCCGGUUGGUUGUGCGAUCUGCUGUCUAUCAAUGGAGACGCGCUGCAGCCGUCGCUCAGUCCCCAUGUUUAUGUCACAACCCUGCCAGUCAUCUGGUCGCUGUUGACAUCGUUCUCCUUCCUUCCGCCUACUGGCGAGGACGAAUCGAUCCCGGCAAUGAUGCUCAACGCCGUGCUGGAGCAUUUGUUCCGAGCGGGGGCAGAUUCUGCCACGAAACGGUUGGGAACCGAAUUUGUUUGCAGGUUGGUAAUCGUCCAUGAAGCGAAGUUCCCCGUCUACCCUUUCCAUAUUCCGGCAAAGUCGCCUUGUCGAGAGGUUCUGGCUCGAUGGCUCGUAUCCUUGCCUAGAACGCUGUGGGAACUAGGCAAUAAGGAUCGUGACGCUUCGCGCUUGAUCCUGAAGUUCCUUCUAUGGCUCGGUAACCGCAAUGACACGCUGUUUUUGACGCAGGAUCGCAAGGCACUAUGCUCCACGUUGACCCCGUACUUCUGGUUAGACCAUCCGGUCAAGGGACCCGUGGCGGGACCAUGGGCGCGGCUGGAAGACCAAGAUGUCAAACGACUGGCUUUGGAAGUCGCUACUGUGUGGACGAGGGCUGGAGAUGACCUGCACGCGGCUGUCACGAAAGCCACGUCAGGAUCGCCACCAGAUGCUGCCUACUGGAAGCGAACCGCUUGACGACCUCUACGACCUCAACGAAUCGAUCCGACUUUUUUAUGAUGUAAUCCUCUGUAUGUACAAGUGGCUGCAAGCG